AAAAAGCUUAAAGAGUCACGUGCCUCUACUCUCCAAAUGAUCCCUUCUUGUAACCCACUUCCCUUACUGAGCUAUCCCAUGAUUUACUCAGAGUGGGCGUAGGCACGAGCAUCAGCAGCAUCACUAAGUUCCAGCUCCUCCCUGCUGCAUGCUGGGAGGGAGAGACUGAGAGGAUCAGGGUCAGAUAAAUUCCAGACUGAGUGACGGUGGCACUGAGUGUAAAUGAGAGGACAAUCGGAUGCGUGAGUGUGUGAGAGGACAAAUUAGGCUGGGUGAUAGAGAGAGAGAGAUUUGUGAGUCUGUCUGUAUGUGCAUGAGAGAGAGGGAAAGAUAAAUCCAGAGGACAGGAGUGCGUGUAAGGCAUAGAAAAGAGGGACAAGAGGUAGAAGACAAGACAAGAGGAUUCGGAAAAGGAGGGAACAUGGCUGAGCCGGAGCUGAAAUCGAGAAGCAGCCGGGAGAGUGUUGCUAAAGCAAGGAGCCAGGAGAAGAUGGAGACAACUGAAGCAGAGCCCAAUCAAGAUGGUCUUAUUGUGGAGCACCCAGCAUCCCCAUCGGACCCCAUGGUCUCUGCCCCUGCUGCCACAGACCCAACUGACAGCCUGCCUGGCAAGGGUGAAAAGAUCAAGCUCAAACGCAGUAUCACCCUCUUCAAUGGCGUGGGGAUGAUCAUAGGCACCAUCAUCGGCUCGGGCAUCUUUGUGACUCCAACAGGUGUGGUCAAAGAGACUGGUUCUGCUGGUCUCUCCUUGAUCGUCUGGGCUGCCUGUGGAGUUGUUUCCACCAUGGGAGCCUUGUGCUAUGCCGAAUUGGGUACGACCAUCGCAAAGUCUGGAGGAGACUACACAUACAUCCUUGAAGUAUAUGGCGAACUUGCAGCCUUUCUGAAACUGUGGGUGGAGAUGCUAAUAAUUCGUCCAUCGUCCCAAUAUGUGGUCUCGCUGGUGUUUGCCACCUACCUUCUUAAACCCCUGUACCCAACCUGCCCUGUGCCAGACAGUGCCGCCAAGCUCAUCGCCUGUGUGUGUCUUACCUCCUUGACGUUUGUGAACUGCAUCAGUGUGAGAGCAGCCACCAAGGUCCAGGACUUGUUCACAGCAUCCAAAUUACUAGCUCUCAUCAUCAUCAUCCUCUUUGGCUUCAUCCAGAUAUCCACAGGCGAUGUGCCGUAUUUGACACCAGAAAAGGCGUUUGAAGGCAGUAAAAUGGGAGUGGACAACAUUGUAUUGGCGUUGUACAGCGGCCUCUUUGCUUUUGGUGGCUGGAACUACCUGAACUAUGUUACUGAGGAGAUGAUCAAUCCAGAGAGAAAUCUGCCCUUAGCUAUUAUCAUAUCGAUGCCUAUAGUCACAGUGGUGUACGUUCUGACCAACCUGGCUUACUUCACCACCAUCUCUCCUCAAGUUAUGGUUGAGUCUGAGGCGGUUGCUGUGAAAUUUGGAGAGUACCACCUUGGUGUGAUGGCCUGGUUGAUUCCUGUCUUUGUGGGACUCUCCUGCUUCGGAGCCGUCAAUGGAUCUCUAUUUACAUCGGCACGGCUGUUCUACGCUGGAGCCAGAGAAGGUCAACUCCCUGCUGCUCUGGGACUGGUUCAUACAGACUUGUUUACACCUGUGCCAUCACUAAUCUUUACAUGCCUGCUGUCCAUGAUGUACGCCAUCUCCCAGGACAUCUUCUCAGUCAUUAAUCUCUUCAGCUUCUUCACCUGGCUGUGUGUCGGCAUGGCAAUCGCCGGUCUGGUGUGGCUGCGCAUCACCAAGCCAGAUCUGAGAAGGCCUAUUAAGGUGUGUCUUUUCAUCCCGGUGACGUUUGUUUUGGGCUGCGUUUUCAUGAUCGUCGUGUCUUUCUGGGCGGCGCCGUUUGAGAGCCUGGUGGGCAGCAGCAUCAUUCUCACAGGCAUUCCUGCGUAUCUGCUUGGCUACAAGUGGAAGAAACCCCAUAUGGUCAAGAAGAUGCUGGAAAUCUUCACAAUGUUCUGUCAGAAGAUCUUCAUGUCGGUUCCUGAAGAGAAGGAGAAACACGAACAGGCUGAGUAACGUCUGGCAAACUGAGCAACGGUCUUCAAAUGUUUACAUUCAUUUUGAGCACAUUCUUUUUGAAAUUUAUUUUACAAGCUAAAGCUAAAGCGAAAACAAAAACUACACAUUUACAAGAGGCCUUGUGGAGUGCCCUUGUGUACAAAAUAUAAAAGAAUAUUUUGCGACUCCUUCAGGCAGUUUAAAAUGUCUGCUGGUCACGUUUUAAGCAGGAUUUCACAUUUGUUCCUGCAGCUUUUACUCUGAAAGGUUUUGACAGUCUUGUGACGUUUAGUGCUGGAACAUGCUUUCUUCUAGAAAUGUGAAUAGCUGCAGUGGAUAUAUGAUUAUACUGCAAACACAGUAUAAGAAAAUGUUGUAAAUCUACUGUCUUGCAGGUUUACUGUCCACCGACGAGCAAAGAAAAGAAAAAUAGAAGACGGGUUUGAUUGUUUUAACUUUGUCUGUCAUUAAUGAUAAAACUUUACCUAGUAUUGAGUAGUUUACACUUUUUCAGAAAGUGAAGAUGUGUGAAGUAAAACCGAGGGUUCAGCGGUAGAUACGGUUGUAUUUCUGUAGCUAACAUGCUGCUAGCGUACAGUGGCUCUCAAAGGUCUACAAGGACUGCGCAAUAAUAGGAAAACAGAGCUUUUCAAUAUUAUAGAUGACUAUUGCAUUGAUAAUAUCAAAUGCAAUUGCUAGAUUACCCCUAUUUUCUUUCUUUUCCAAUAUCGCCAUGUUUCCCACUCUCUCUGAGCAUCAACAAAAGACGUGUGGGUAAAAGACAGCAACUGUCUGUCAAAAUGUCCAGAUAGGUUAUUGGUGAGCAGUGUUUUGAUCCUCCUCACUUGGACCACCCAUCAUUGCAUCAAAACAACAUUUUGAAAUUGCAAAAUUGCACAUGUUGAUACUUCGAUAACAACCGGGACUCAAUAUAUUGUGCAGGUUUACAACACACCCCUAUAAAAUGUCCAUUAUUUUGGGCAAUGAGAUCUUAAUACAGCAGCUUCAAAAUUUUUGUGCCUUUAAUGUGAUAUUUAUUCUGUACAAUUCAACUGGAAAACAAACAAAUCUCUUAGAUUUUCUUUGUCUUCUCACAAACAUCAGCAUGUCGGCAGGUUAAACAGGGGCAUUGAGAUAAGUGAGCCGAUUCUUUGCCGCCACUUUACAAGUUAAAGCUGAAGCUAAAGGAUGAAAUGAGCAAAAUGUCACUAAAAGCAAACAAAAUGGGGCAACUGUACUUAAUUAUAGAUUCACUAGAGUUGAUGAAAGGUGUUAACUCAAGAAGACUGAAAGUUGAGUCUAAAGGUUCUUCAACAAAGUCUUAGUUUGGGGUUGUUAACACUUGGACAAGUGCAGAAUAUUUUACAUUAAAUACAAAAAGAAAAUUAUUCAAAAGGACUUAUUAUAGCAUCAGUUUUUUGGGUCACAAAAUUGGAAUUUUAGCAGGGCCGUUUGCAGUUUUCAGAGCCACUGUAUGAUGUCACUAUUUCAAGAGGACUACUAGCAGUACAGCAUUUCACCCAUAUUAACAUUUAUGUUAAGCAACUUUUGAUUGAAACGGCAUUUUGCAAUCAUUCAUACAAUGACUCAGUAACUUAUUUUAAACCACAGUUUCUAGACACACAAAAUAAGAUUUGCAAUUUAUUGUGUAAAUAAAUUAGAAGUGCUUCUAUCAGGGUAGUCUGUCUUUUAAUGAUUUUUUUAUGAUUUCUAUGCCUCCAACAUAAUCAUGAAAAGAUGACAGAAACCAGCUUCUGUUGUUGUAAAGCACUAGUAGCAGAAAUAAUGGACCAGAUAUCUCUGUAGUGGUUGUGUCAGUGUUUGCAUUGGAUGUUUUUGUCAUUUGUGCCAGCCUUGUCAAUGCUGAUAUUUCUUUUUUUUUUUUUUGACAUUCUCAGACCAAACUGAAUGUUUAAUGAAGCCAGAGACACAGCCCCCACAAAAACCCAAAGAGAGCAUUCACCGAAGCAGGAAAAACUGAGUCCUGUGGGCUGUGGCUUAUAGAGGAUCUAGAUUUUUCCUGCAUAGAAAAAGUUUUUAAAGCUUACUCUGAAUUCUGAUAAUUCAUUCCAUACAUGACGGCUGGAGGGACGAAGUAGGAAAAUGUGUGCCAUUUUACCAGCAUUUUUAUUCCAGUACGUCUCAGAAUUUCUCAAAAUAACAGAGAGUUUCCUUUAUUCUCUACUCCUCUUUUUUUGUUGUAAUAGUAAUUCAAAUUGUUAAUUUUUAAUAAAAUCAACCAAGACACUUAAUAUAACUAUUAUAGUGCAUAAUAUGGCGCAUAAAAAUAUUUCACACUCAUUAUAUUGCCACAUCCAUAACAGCUAUGAGCACACCAAUAAAUAGCACAAAGGUUAAAUAUGGAUUCCCUCUUUAUUGAUUGACCUCAAAUGAGGAUGGAUGUGUUUUGUAAACCUCAUCAAAUAUUUGUGCACAAAAUACUGUAUAUGUCUAAAACAUUACUACAUUAUGUAAUCACACUUGCCAGGUAAAAUAUAGAAAACGUGUAUUUUUAAUCUUAUAAGUGAGAGUACCUAUUAUAUCUGUUGUAUCUCAGUGACCAUGGCAGGUACAUGUAACAAUAAAAGUAUUUUCUUCAA